UGGGAGCAGGGGCGGACUGACCAUUUGGAAACUCGGGGACUGCCCGAGGGUCUGGGGUCACUAGGGGCCCCCAUGAGAUGCCCCUGGUACCUUUUUCAUAGGCUUUUUUGAGUUUGGGCAAGGACACAGGAGCCCCAUGAUCUCGUAUUGCCCGGGGGCCCCAUGAGUUGUCAGUCCGCCCCUGCGGACCCUGAUACACAAGAAGAAGUAAGAGGAGAUCUCCCCAAAGCAAGGAGAUAUCUCCUCUUGUCACGCAAACAAGUUUCCUUGUGGAGGUUUUCCUCUCACCUCCUG